AUUCAUUUAUUUCACCAAGACGGAAAAAUCUCAGUAUUUUUAUUACUCCGCCAUCAAAGAAGAACUUUGUUCCAUCUCUUAUCCAAAGUUUAUCAGACCAAAAUGAACGGCACCAACCAAGAAUCACAGCCUCAUUAUCCUUCUGUUUCUUCUCCCGUUUCAAAUAACGAAACAAACCCAUUUGCGUCAAGUUCAAGCAGUGCUCAAGAAAUGCAAUCUCAUCCUCAUCAGCCGACUGCAGGUCCAUCGUCGUCACCUUUUGCGCCGGGAUCUACAGUCACAGAUGCUGAGAAAUGGGGGACUCAUGUGAUGGGAGCACCUGCUGUGCCCACGUGCCAUCCGGACAACAAAAAAGCAGCCUUGUGGGGCGCUUCUGCUAAUAAUCAGGAUCAACACUAUCAUCAUCCUUACCUUCAGUACUCUCCCGUUGAGAAACCAAGCAGUAGUCCCAUGGAAUCCAUUCUCAAUGUCUUCAAUUCUUGGGGCAAUAAGGCUGAAACCAUGGCCAAUAAUAUUUGGCACAAUCUUCGAACGAACUCAUCGGUGCCUGAAGCUGCGUGGGGCAAGAUGAGCCUGAACGCGAAAGCAUUAACAGGAGGUGGAUUCGAGACGAUAUACAAGCAAACUUUCACAACAUAUCCGAAUGAGAAUCUGAAGAAGACAUUUGCCUGUUACCUGUCAACAUCAACUGGACCUGUAGCUGGAACUCUAUAUCUCUCAAAUGUUCAUGUAGCUUUCUGCAGUGAUCGUCCCUUGUCUUUUACAGCACCUUCCGGCCAGAAGACUUGGAGCUACUACAAGGUUAUGGUACCUUUGGCCAUGAUUGGCACCACCAAUCCUGUGGCGAUGAAGGAAAAUCCAUCAGAAAAAUACAUCCAGAUCGUUACUGUUGAUGGACAUGAUUUUUGGUUCAUGGGAUUUGUUAACUAUGAUAAAGCAUGUCGGCAUCUUUCAGAAAGUAUCUCAAAUUUUGUAGCACAUGGGGUACCAGUACAGCCAACUUCCUAGAUCAUUGUUUCAGAGCUUCAGUUUCUGUUAUUAAUGAUUUGUUUCUUGUAUUUUAGUAUUCCCUUUUGAGUAUGUAAAAUAACAUGGAUUUUCUUGAUUAA